AUGGUCACUCGAUCACCACUCAGUUCUCCCUCACCAGCCUGGAAUCCUCUGGUAUCCGCAUCGAUGUCUUCAUCGAGUGUCUUGUCUGCCCUCGGAAUCGACACGGCUGAUGGUCUCUCACCCAGCGCACUGUCGAACCUGAUCCUGACCUCCUUCCAAAACUUGCGCAUUAGCCCAGAAGAUUUCCCUGAGAUCGCACCCCAAGCUGCCCAACUAUCGGUGGAUCUAGAACAUGCUUACACUCUUCAGGCCUCAAGGGCCGAGAAAUUAGCAGAUAAUGUCGAGCAGUUUUAUGGAGGUCGGAAAAAAGAAUAUGAAGACUUGCAAGCGGAAAUCAAAACCAGUGGAGAGCUUUUGGACCUGCUUUCAGAGCUACUUGCUCACUUCCAAGCCGAUUUAUCAUCGGUAUCUACCUCGAUAGCCGAACUUCAAGGCCGUUCCAAGUUGAUCGAGAACCGAUUAGAAGGGCGAAGGUCACUUGAACGCAAACUGUCCCCAUACAUCUCCAGCACUGUCAUACCACCCUCGUUAAUUUCGACAAUCAUGAGUACCGAGCCGAACGAAGCUUGGCUAACGGCGAUUGAAGAGCUGGAGAUCCGAUUAGUCUCAUUACGCACAUCUUCUUUCGAGAAACGACCGAUCGACACCUCGGAUCAUGUGGCUGAUAAACUGAGACUCGUCGCAGCCCACAAGAUCCGCUCGUUCUUCAUCUCCGCCCUGAGUCCUUUCCGGGUCUCAAUCACCACCAAUCUUCAAGUCACGCAGUCUUCUUUCUUGCUCAAGUAUCGUCCGCUCUUCGCCUUCCUCCAGCGUCACUCAGCACGGAUAGCCAACGAGGUCCAAAAAGCAUACAUCGGAACGGCCCGAUGGUACUUCGAGACCAGCUUUCGUCGGUACGUUAGAGCCUUGGAGAAAAUCAAAGCUCGAGGGUGGGUUAAAGUCGGUCUGGUUGGCGAUGCCCAAUCGAGUCCCACAGUCCUGGAUGACUCGGUAGUCUCACAAUCUAAACUAGACGGGGCAGACGUGACUUUGGCAUAUUUGGCUGAGGAUUCUUCAUUUCAACAACCACCCGAGGCCUUGUUCCGGUCCUUAUCACUGGUGGCCAUAGACAACGCGAUCUCAGAAUGGAGCUUUGCAAAUCAUUUUUUUGGACAGCCUUCUCUGGGGAUUGAACAAACUUCAGAAUCCUCAUCGACACUAUUCCCACCCAGCAGUAGACUUGAUUCCGUCCCGGUUUCUCCAUCAGGUAGUGCGACCGCGAUGGUUAGGAAAUCCAGUUUUGUCAGCAGUAUCGCCGAUUCAGAUAGCUACUUGACCGGAACUCCCAGCGAAAUGAAUUCAAAUAGUGGAUUGAAUGAGCCAAAGACCCAAACUGCCAUCGAUCUGGUCUUUAAACAAGUGAUCGAACCUGUUUUCGAGUAUCACAAGACAUUCACAACCAGCCUGUUGUCUAUGAACGACCUGCCGGAUACCAACAGUAUUUAUGCGAUGAUCCAAUUGAAUGAGGGGCUGCUUUCAGCGGCCAGUAUGAACUGUCCGGCAUUUGAGACGCAUCUGAUGGCGAUCAAGAUGAAACUGUGGCCGAUAUUCCAAACAAAGAUGAAUAAAGAGAUCGAGAGUCUGGGCUCACCUUCGCAGAAGAAAGAGUCCAACGUCAAGCUAGUCUGUCAGAAGUAUGCCUGGUUCUUCUCGACGAUGAUAGGCAUGGAGUCCCUGAGGGAUGAUGAUAGUCUCGUCGGUGCGGCCGAGGAAGGCAAGGUUGUCAACGAACUAAUCAAGCUGAGAGACGCCCUCGUUUCAUUCAUCCAAGCUCAUGCCCAAAAUCUCUCCAGUCUAACUGAGUCGUCCAGGAAAACAUACCUAAGUUCAAUCUAUCAAGAAAUCCAAACUGGGUUGAUGGGCUUUCCGUCUCAUCACAUACACAGCCAGUCAGAAGCUGCUCACUGGAGAGAGUUGGUUUGGCGUACGAAAUGA